GGGGAGGCGGGGCGGUCGCCUAGGUAACCGGGAGGCGGAACCGCCGACGCUGCUGUGGCCCGGAUGUCCCGACGUCUUCCGCCGCAGCCUGUGACCCCAGGGCUUCUGGAGCGUACCCCGAAAAGCGACCCAUGGCUGUCGAUAUUCAACCAGCAUGCCUCGGACUUUAUUGUGGGAAGACCCUGUUAUUUAAAAAUGGCUCCACUGAAAUAUACAGCGAAUGUGGGGUGUGUCCGAGGGGACAGAGGACGAAUGCCCAGAAAUACUGCCAGCCGUGCACGGAGUCCCCGGAGCUGUAUGACUGGCUCUACCUGGGCUUCAUGGCCAUGCUGCCCCUGGCUCUGCACUGGGUGUCCAUCGAGUGGUACUCGGGGAAGAAGAGUUCCAGCGCACUUUUCCAGCACAUCACUGCCUUGGUCGAGUGCACCAUGGCUGCGAUCAUCACGCUGCUUGUGAGCGAGCCGGUCGGGGUGCUGAACAUCCGCUCGUGUCGCGUGGCCAUGCUCUCCGACUGGUACACCAUGCUGUACAACCCCAGCCCGGACUACAUCACCACGGUGCACUGUACCCACGAGGCCGUCUACCCGCUAUAUACCAUUGUAUUUAUUUAUUAUGCUUUCUGCUUGGUAUUGAUGACGCUGCUCCGACCUCUGCUGGUUAAGAAGAUUGCCUGUGGAUUAGGGAAAUCGGACCGAUUUAAAAGUAUCUAUGCUGCACUUUACUUCUUCCCCAUCCUAACCGUGCUUCAGGCCGUUGGUGGAGGCCUCUUGUAUUACGCCUUCCCAUUCAUUAUAUUAGUGUUGUCUCUGGUUACUCUGGCUGUGUACAUGUCGGCUUCAGAAAUAGAGAGCUGCUACGAUCUUCUGGCCAGAAAGAAGAGACUCGUUGUCCUCUUCAGCCACUGGUUGCUCCACGCCUAUGGGAUCAUCUCCAUCUCCAGAGUGGAUAAGCUGGAGCAAGAUUUGCCCCUUUUGGCUCUGGUACCUACACCAGCCCUUUUUUAUUUAUUCACUGCAAAAUUUACCGAACCUUCACGGAUACUCUCAGAAGGGGCCAAUGGACACUGAAUGUAAAAUGCCAAAAAAAAAAAAAAAAAAAAAAAAACGGCU